CGUGACAAAUCGACAACAGCCAGAAGGUGCAGUUCAUCCAUGGACUGGCGUCGCGUGCAGUCGUCGGAUCCUGACGAUGAUGAUAGGGACUCGUACAGCGAUGACGAUGACAAGUAUCAGCUUGGCACUCGGCAUCGAGAUCGAGACGGAGACGGAGACGAGUUUGCGUGGCAUUCGCAGCAGCCGACGGACGUAGCGGCGCCUGCACCUCCCUUGAAGCACCCGGUGGCCCGUCGGCUGUUUGCGGACAGUCCGGCAUCAUCCUCUGCGUUAACAUCAUCUGCAUCAUCACAGCCGCCGCGUCGCCAACGACUCGAGUUUGCCGCGCUGAGCGACGCCGAUGUCGACUCGAGCACCGCCGCUCGGGCCCAAGGUCCAAGCCGUAGUACCACUGUCCGGCAGCAACAGACUUGGUUGGAGCAUGGCAAUAGUGCUCCAGCGUGGUCGGAUGGGUCCAAUGGCGCACCGGUCGACGCGCGCAAUCUUGUUUACUUUGGCCUUGUUUUGUGCGCUGGCGGCUUUCUCAUGCCGUACAACACCUUCGUCUCAGCCAUCGAUUACUUCCAUAGUCGGUAUCCCGACCACGAGAUUGCAUUUUUUAUGACGGCGGUGUACAUGUACACGACAUUCCCAGCGACCUUUAUCAACUUGCGCGUGGUGGAUCGAUUUUCCUUAAACCAGCGCGUCUACUUUUCUUAUGCACUAUUCUUGAUCGCGCUGGGCGGGAUGCCGUUCAUCGAAGGGGCGAUGAGCAGCGGCUCGCUCUCCGUUGAUACUGGCUAUGCAUUGACUCUACUCGCGGUUGGCACUGUGGGUGUUGGUGGAGGCAUUCAACAGGGGUCGUAUUACGGGCUUGCUGCACAAUUGCCACCUCGAUACACGCAAGCAGUCAUGGCUGGCGAAAGUGCCGCGGGGCUGCUAGUCUCGUUCAACCGAAUCGUCACCAAGGCAGCUUCGGGGGAUUCUCCAGCAGGCCUUCGCGAUUCGACUUACGCGUACUUUGGGCUGAGCUUUGUCACGCUGCUCGUCUGCCUGGUGGCCUUCUAUGCCAUCCAAAGAUCUGCCUUUGUCCGAUGGUUUACACAACAGGGCGCUGAAAGCAUUGCAAUGUCUCCCAUGACGGAUUUCACGCAAGCUGAUGCGUCCACAGCCGCCGGAGGGAAUGGAGCAGACAAGUGGUCCGACGGGCCGAUGGAAGGCAACGCCGCGCAUCCUGGAGAGCGUGAGCAGGUGCGCGCUUUCUUGAACGGCACGCCCAGCGCCCCAUCAGUGCUGUCCGUGGAACAAGUGUGGCCAGAGGCUCCCGUCCCCUGGUGGAAGCGUGCAAUCCAUCUGGUUUGGCCAGAAACGAGUUGGAUUGUUCUCAAGCAGAUCUGGAAGCCAGCGCUUUCCACCUGUCUGUGUUUUUUCAUCACGUUAGCCGUGUUUCCGGGCAUCGACACAUCUUUUCCGUCAAAGAAUUGGGGAGACUGGUAUCCAGUCAUCAUCAUUGCCACCUUCAACCUGUUUGACAUGGUUGGAAAGGUUUUGUCGGCAUACGUGUACCAGAUGCCGCUCAAUACGCUUGUGCUGCUGAACGUGGCGCGGCUCGUCUUUAUUCCCCUCUUGAUUCUAUGCGCCGUACCGACUGACAAGCCCUUCUUCAACCACGAGUCCUGGGGCGUGAUAUUCAAUGUUUUCUUUGGCGUUACGAAUGGCUGGCUCGGCUCGAGUGCCAUGAUUAUCGGCCCUACUCUUGUGCCAGAGUCCCAGAGCGAACUUGCCGGAACAAUUCUCACCUUCUUUUUGCUAACGGGUCUCACUAUUGGUGCAACCGUUGCCAUUGGCUUUUCUGAAACGAUUUUAUAGCGUUGUUGUUGCUCGCGCUUUUGUGCUGCUUAAUAUUUGGUUUGCGAUAGCUGUUUAGAUUAGAUUACAUUCGAUUGAUCCG